ACAAGAAAUAUGUUAGGGAGGGAGUGUUGGUGUUGGGACAAUUUAUGUGAUUAUUACCCUGUUGUUGAAUCAAAGAAAUUUUCUUUGCCUUUACCCCUUCCUAAAUGGCCUCAAGGCAAAGGUUUUGGAACAGGAAGAAUAUGUUUAGGGGAAAUUGAAGUUGCUCAAAUCACCAAAUUUAAGAAAAUUUGGGGUUGCGGCUCAUCGUUUGGAAAAUCAGACUGUGUUUCGUUUUAUAAGCCAGAUGGAAUUCCAAAAGGAUAUCAUAUCCUUGGUCACUACUGUCAGCCAGAUGGUGAGCAUAUAACUGGCUAUGUUCUUGCUGCCAAAGACCUAUCUGAUGUCCAAGAUUCAGCUUCAAAGCUUCCGGCUCUUCAAAAGCCUCUGAAUUACACUUUAAUUUGGAGUUCAGACUCACAGUACAAUGGAGGUGGUUAUAUUUGGAUGCCAAAUGCUCCGGUUGGUUAUAAAUCGAUAGGAUGUUUGGCUUCUGUUGAGCCUAAUGAACCUGAUCCUGAUGAAGUUAGAUGUGUCCGAGCUGACCUGACGGAAAAUUGUGAGGCCUCUGAAAUUAUGUUUAGUUCAGAUUCCUUUUUCCAAAGGAAACAAUUUCAAGUUUGGAAAACUAGACCCUGCAAGAGGGGCAUGCUUUGUGCAGGGGUUUCUGCUGGGACGUUCUUCAGUAGUACAAGCUUCAGUUCUGGAGAUGAACUUGAUAUUGCAUGCUUGAAAAAUCUCGCCUCUUCUCUACACGCAAUGCCCAAUCUUGAGCAGAUACAUGCCCUCAUCAAGCACUAUGGACCAACAAUGUAUCUCCAUCCAGAAGAGAUUUAUUUGCCUUCCUCAGUUCCAUGGUUCUUCAUUAAUGGAGCUCUCCUUUACAAAGAUGGAAGGAAUAAUGGUACAGUCAUCAACUCAAAAGGCUCAAACUUGCCUGCAGGAGGGUUAAACGAUGGUCAAUAUUGGCUUGAUUUGCCAAAUAAAGAUGAUGCAAAUAGAACCAGUGUAAAAUGCGGGAACAUUGAGAGUGCAGAGCUCUAUGUUCAUGUUAAACCAUCUUUAGGAGGAACCUUCACAGAUAUUGCAAUGUGGAUAUUCUGUCCUUUCAAUGGACCAGCUACUGUCAAGAUUGGAUUGUUGAGUUUUACUUUGAAUAAAGUAGGAGAGCAUGUCGGUGAUUGGGAGCACUACACACUCCGUAUCAGCAACUUUUCUGGUGAGCUCUGGAGUGUGUAUUUCUCGGAACAUAGUGGUGGUGAAUGGGUAGAUGCCUGCAAGUUGGAGUUCAUCGAGGGUAACAAGCCAAUUGUAUAUGCAUCAAGAAAUGGCCACGCGAGUUUCCCACAUCCUGGCUGCUAUCUUCAAGGCUCUUCUAAACUCGGGUUUGGACUGAGAAACGAUUGUGCCCGUAGCAAAUACUAUGUGGACUCUAGCAGCAAAUAUCAAAUUGUAGCUGCCGAGUACCUUGGAGAGGGAGUUGUUGCAGAACCACCAUGGUUGCAGUAUAUGAGAGAAUGGGGUCCAACCAUCAUAUACAACGGGCGAUCAGAAGUGGAAAAAAUAAUCAAGCAUCUUCCUUUUUUCAUGAGAUUUUCAGUGGAAAGUCUCAUUGAGCUAUUUCCAACUGAACUUUAUGGUGAAGCAGGGCCAACAGGACCUAAGGAAAAGGACAAUUGGUUGGGGGAUGAAAGAUGGUAAGUGGUUUGGCAUAGCUGCUCACCCCUAUGAAUUGGUCUAAGCCCACCAUUUCUUGCAUAGAUUUGAUGUGAGAAAGCUGC